CUUCGUAAUAAUAAUAGUAUUUUUAUUAUUAAAUUUAUUCCAAUAAAGUUUGGCACGACCACGGAGGAGCUGUUCGUAUUCCAAAUUGGCCCCGCGGCUUGCUCCCCAGACCUCAAACGGCGGUGAUCGGCUGAUCCACCGUCCAUCCAAACGAUGGCGUUUUGAGGUUUGGGAAGAAAGCACAUAGAAAUGGGAGCGGCCAACACUUCGAUCUCAGGGUCGGAGUAUGAGACGCAGGUGAUAUUGAAUGUGUACGAUCUUACUCCUCUCAAUAAUUACAUCUACUGGUUCGGAUGCGGAAUCUUUCAUUCUGGCAUUGAAGUCCAUGGUAAGGAGUAUGGAUUUGGGGCACAUGACUUUCCAGCUAGUGGAGUGUUUGAAGUGGAACCAAGAAGUUGCCCAGGUUUUAUCUAUAGGAACUCAAUUAUAUUGGGUCGCAUAAAAAUGCCCCCUUCUGAAUUCCGGUCAUUUAUUGAGAAUGUGGCUGCGGAGUAUCAUGGGGAUACCUAUCACCUCAUCUCCAAGAAUUGCAACCAUUUUACAGAUGAUAUCUGCUGGAGAUUGACAGGCAAACGGAUUCCUGGGUGGGUGAAUCGUCUUGCCCGGCUAGGUGCUUUAUGCAGUUGUUUACUUCCAGAAAGUCUUCAAGUAACCACUGUUAAACAGCUGCCCGAGUACCACAAUUGUUCAGAAGAAGAGGGGUCUGAGUCUGUCUCAACUGCCACCCCUCAUGAUCCAACAGAAAGCGAUGAUGCAGACCAAGAUAAGCUACAGUUGAUAUCACAAUCUGCUGGAAGUGAGGAGUUAAGUUUUGUUAAAGAGGCUCAAAGGUGAAAGUAAGCCAAGAUGGGGAAAAAGGGAAAUUCUCCUCCACUGAAGCUGUUCUGAUCCUAGUUGAGAGGCUAUGCUUGAAGUAAACUAUGUGUUCAUUCACUAUUUUUUUUAAGCAUUUAUCGGUACGUGAAUGCAUGUCUAUUCUGUUUGCUCUGUUGUUUACUAGUUUCCUUGCAGUAUCUCUACCCUUUGCUUUAUUGUUGUUGUAUGAGAAACUCAAAACUUGAAAACGGUGAUUUGUAAUUGAUGAUUGUAAGGCUGUUUGGAUUGGGAUUGGAAUUGGGAAUUCAAGGACUCACCUUUGCCAAAGCAUGACAAA